GGAUCAAUAAUCUGAAAUGUCUGUAUUUAGUUUGUGGGAUAUUUUGCACAUCAUUUAGAAGGCUGACACGUUUUUCCCACCCAUAUUUACUUGUGUUUGCAAGGGGAAUAUACUUUGCUGUAGCAGAUUUUAUGUAACAAAAGAUAUGUCACUAUAAUAAAUUCUUUUUAUUAAAAAAAACUAUAAUUGUUGGUAAUCAAUGUGAUGAGAAAUGGUGCUGUAUGUGUAGUAAUUCAGCAGGUGGUUGAUCUACGAACGCUGGCGUCAAAACAAACAAAAAACUUCACUUCCCAUGAUUCUCUGCUGUCGUGGGCGAAGGAAACUAAACCAAUGAAACGGGGCUAGUUGCCUUUAGUUGAUUAAAUCUUGAUUUUAUCAAACGAAUAUCGCUGUUUCUUGAUUUGUAAAAUAUCUUAGUGAUUAGAAAACUUUUUUGUUAUCCAAAGAACGUGUAAAGCGUGGACGCACUGUUUUUGUCGAGCAGGAAUCAGCUCAAAUAAGUGGAGACACACGUUGAAUGCCAGGCUGCGAAAGAAAAACAAUGAUGGUGUUUGAGCUGCCAAUCCACUAAGUUCUCCGAGAGAAGACAUCUGAUGAAAAAUUACUGCAACGUUACAGAUUCCGGCAUGGAAGACAAGGCAAAUGGCUCUGUUGACACGAAAAGCCCAGUGGAGAACGGACAGCUGCCGGACCCUGCCAACUGGGGGGUUGCGGACGUCGUCGAUUACUUCAAAGCAACAGGGUUCGAGGAGCAAGCCACGGCUUUCCAAGAUCAGGAAAUCGAUGGCAAGUCUCUGCUCCUGAUGACGCGUAACGACGUCCUGACGGGGCUGUCGAUAAAGCUUGGCCCUGCACUGAAAAUCUAUGAGUAUCACGUGAAGCCGCUGCAAACUCAACACCUCAAGAGCAAUGCCUCGUAGCACCGCAGGAUGUCCCAACACCCACCUCAGUGACAAUCAUCGUGUCAGGAGACCCCAGGUUAGCUGCCACUUCAUAAAGACUCCUCUGGUCACAGUGGCAGUGGAUUUGAAUGCUGUAUGUUUUUAUAAGUGUGAACCCCAAAAAUGGGUUAAUUUAGCUGUUUACCCUUUCAGCCAUUCUUAUUUCUGCUGCUUGAGACAUGUAUUUUUUAUUCUUUUGUCUGUUUUAUUUAAAAGAAGGACAUUUGAGGAAUGAUUUUUGUAUGUGUGUGUUUGUGCGUGUGUGAAAAGUGAAUUAACCCAUGUUGGUUUAGAAAAAGCAAACCAGUAUUUGUAUAUAAGAUGAUAUAUAGUUGUGUAUGUUGUCGUACCUGAAAAAUUUGAUACAUGCAGAAGAUGAUUCUGGUGCAUAUCGUUUUACCCUAAAAUCAGUUUUUAUGCUCUAAUCUGUGCAGCUGAGUCAAUGAAACGUCCUUUAGCAUGUAACAAUGAAGCAUUCUGUUUUCCCAAAAACAAGAAGCCAACUGAAAGCCUCUUUGUUCCUGCACACCUACUUUAUCGAGGCCCAAGGCUAUUGAUAUAAAAAUAUUUAUGUGUAUAUAUUCUUUUUAUGUUCCUACCUGUGGUGCUUUCAGAAUUGUCGCAUAGACAACUGUAUUGAAGUGUGUAUGACCAAUGUAUAUGUGCAAAAUAACUCUGGAGUUUGAACAUCUGAAUCAAAGAUUUGCAAUAAAUGGUGCUCUUUUCUCACAAAA